UGAUACUUAUUGUGCUUCGUGUUACAAGUGAACCUCUUUGUUCAGUUCAGGUCCACUUAAUAACUGCACCUCCAUUCCGGUAGUUGGCAGUACCGCACCGUCUUUAUGUUGUGACGCAUGUUUGCGGAAGUGCGAGUUUCAGGGGUUUGCAGCAUGGCUGUGUUGUUGUGAAGGUGUCUCUUCUGUUGUAAAAUAGUGAACAGUUUGCUAGUAGACGUGUGUUAAUGUCAGUUAACUUAUGUCUAACUGUGUGACCCUCGUCUUUGGCAAAACAAGUAUAUCAUAUUGGCUCAAAAAGGGAGGACACGCUGUCUGUGAGCAUGGCCCGACCUCUCCAGGUCAUCUCCUUCCUCUCCAGGCUUAGUGCUCUGUCGGUGCUGCCCUCACUUUCUCUUAACGGCUGUCGAUUUGCAAGCAGAGGUGCCAGCAAGGCAAGGAUGGGACAGAGCCAUGGGCACAAGGACAGAGUAUCAAACAGAACUUCAAGAUACAGCGAUGAGAUGUCUAAUGAAGAACCUGGACUGGAGGAUGUAGAAGACAAGCUCCAGGCCUUGGUUGAUGAGGGGAGAAAGAGGCAGAAGACUGUGAAAUAUCAUAUACUGAGAAGGCAGAUGACUCCACCAGGAGCUCCACAGAGGAAGCUAACCUGGGAUGCUAUUGAGCAGAUCAGAUAUCUGAAGCAAGAGCAACCAGAUGAGUGGACAGUAGAGCGUCUGACUGAGGGCUUCUCCGUCACCCCUGAUGUCAUCCUGAGGGUCCUCAGGAGCAAGUUUGUCCCUGCUCCUGAAAGAAAAGCCAAGCAGAAUGCUAAAGUAAUGUCUGGACUCAGUCAGCAGGUGCUGCCUUCAGGUGCUGGGACAGCGCAGGACAGGCUAAAGCUUCCUGGAAACCGUGCAUCAGCUGUACUUCCACCUGGAAGUAGAGAAGGUGCAGUGGUGCCUGUGGCCGAGCAGACUUUGAUGCUUCGAGGUGAAAGCUCAGGAUCCCUGGCUAAGAGUCCUGCCCCUGUUACUGUUCUGCCCACCCAGUUCAGAGCUGGUAUUAGUAAAGAUGCCCCGGUGACAAGACCAACAGAAGAGGACAGCACUACUAACACAAAUCCUACAGAAGAGGACAAAGAGGAUGAGGAGAGCUGGGAUGGACUCGUGUUGACAGAAGAAGAACUUGAAGAGUUUAUGGAAAUGGAAAAGCCUUCCCCUGUGGAGCAAGUUGGGAAUGACUUCUUUGAUGCAGAAGGCAAUUUUUUGUAUAGAAUCUGAGGUGUUGAACUGUCGACUAACCGUGUAUGAUGUUCAGGUUGGCAUUAUAACACUUAAUAACAGAUUAUUACUGUGCAGGCUAAACAGGCAAAGUACAACAACUAUUUCUGUAUUCAUUUAUUUAAACAUUUGUUCCCCAUGUAUUUAUUUCUUGAUCUCUGUAUUUAUUCCCUUAUUCCCAUAUACACACACACAUUCUUUGGGAAUAAAUAUAGAAAUAGGUAAAACACCUGAAAUAAAUGCAGCUUUUGUGAAAUUAGGCAGAGGAUACAGAUGAAACUCAAGCUGUACUUAAAGAAUAUCUUAACCUGAUUGCAGCAGCCAUCCUACAACCACAUUGUGUUUUGGUAACUGAUCCCUUUGUACACAGAGUGAAAAUGUCAGCUGACAGGCGGUGACAGAAACCACUAUGUAAACUAUGUCCGUCAGCCACAGUGAGGUAUUUUGCAAUUCUGGUUUUAUUUUUGCUCAGGGCUCCAUUUUCUAGGCUCAUAUUUUUUACAUUGCUGUUAGUAACAAAAUGAGAAUAGGCUGACAAAAAUAAGAGGAACAUAGGAAUUUAUUGACAAACCCAAAUUAAAUUGCCUCAAAUAUACAGGAGAGAAACAGCAGAUACAAAGAUGUAACCUUGUAUAUUUACAGAACCAUCACAAUGACUUAUUAAAUUUUUACAGCAGUUUUUAAUCAAGAAAAAUGUGUCACCUUCACUUAAUGCAAUAAACCAUAAUUAAAUAAGAA